AUGAUGAGAAAUGAGGAAGUGUACUUGCCAACUGCAAGCAAAGAUAUGGAGGCCGAGGAAAUAACCAUCCCACAAGACAUCAUAAGGGAGCUACAAAUUGAUGUGGAGAAACACAAGCCAUGCCUAAACACCAAACUACCUUUAGCCAAGAUACCUCUUCUAUUUCCUCAAUGCCUCAAGAAAAAGAAUGAGGAUGAAAGGUUCAAGAAGUUUCUAUCGGUAUUCCAGACCUUAUCGAUUAAUCUCCCUCUAGUUGAAGCAUUGUUGGAAAUGCCGGGUUACGCCAAAUUCAUGAAGGAGUUAGUCACAAAAAAAGGAGCUUGGAUUUUGAGACGAUCAAAGUCUCCCACAUUUGUAGUGCAAUUAUGUCGAAGGAGUUACUCGAAAAGAAAGAUGAUCCUGGGGGCAUUCACCAUACCGUGCACCAUAGGAUUUUUCAAGUUCGUAAACGCCUUAUGCGAUCUGGGAGCAAGUAUAAAUCUAAUGCCAUAUGCUAUUUAUAAACAACUCGGGCAGGAUGAACCGCAUGCUACAACUAUGAGACUCCUGAUGGCUGACAGAUCGAUCAAACAUCCAGUGGGGAUACUUUAUGACAUUCUGGUUAAGGUUGACAGAUUCAUUUUUCUGGUCGAUUUUGUCAUACUCGACUGUGACAUAGAUGCCGAAAUUCCCAUAAUCUUGGGAAGACCAUUCUUGGCAACUGGGAGAGCACUGGUGGAUGUCGAGACCGAGGAAUUAAAAUUUUGGGUCAAUGAUGAUGAAGUCACCUUUAACGUGUGCAAAUCAAUGAGAUACCCGAGUGACAUUCAUGUAAUCUCAACUGACGAUGUGAUUGACAAGGCUGUGGCUAAUGUGAGUCAUUUAAUGUGUAGCAAAGAACCCUUUGAAGUCGCGUGGGCUAACAAAGAAGAGUUCGAGGUUCAGAGCCAAAAUGAAGUUGUAGCCGCAUUUCAAGUAAAGGGGUAUUCACAAAGAUUCCGAUUAAAUUGA